CUAAGUUUGAUGCACGUCGGCCACCGUAGCCGAGUGAAGACGACAACAUUUGGAUUCUUUGCUGCUAAAAAGCUCGACUUGGGCUAACGUCAGCGCAGCGGUUGUGUGGGCUGUCCGGGCAGAAUACUGCUUGUUCGUUUAAAGUUGCACUCCUGUAGCGGAAAAGAUGAGGCUGAAGGAGAUCCAGAGGACUGCCCAGCAGGCGUGGAGUCCAGCCGGACACCAUCCCAUCUGCCUGGCGCUAGGCACAUCAGCACAGCAGCUUGACGCCUCCUUCAACACCACUGCGGCCUUGGAGAUAUUUGAGAUGGAUUUUGCAGACCCCUCCCUGGACAUGAAGCUAAAGGGCUCACUGUGCACCUCCAACAGGAUGCACAGUCUUGUGUGGGUCAACUUUGGAAUGGGAGCAGAAGGCACAGGAGGCAGGCUCGUGGGCGGCAGUGAAAACGGCACCUUAACAAUUUAUAACCCCGAGGCCAUCGUAAACUCUGGGGCGGAGGCCAUCGUGGGAGAGUGCAACAAACACUCAGGACCCGUGCGAGCGCUCGAUUUCAACCCUUUCCAGAGUAAUCUCCUUGCAUCCGGAGCGAAUGAUUCAGAGAUUUAUAUUUGGGAUCUGAACAACUUCAGCAGCCCAAUGACGCCAGGAGCAAAAGCACAGCCCGCAGAGGAUGUCAGCGUGGUGUCCUGGAACCGGCAAGUGCAGCACAUCCUGGCCUCGGCCAACCCCAGCGGGAAAGCCGUGGUGUGGGACUUGAGGAAAAACGAGCCCAUCAUCAAGAUCAGCGACCACAGCAACAAGAUGCACUGUUCUGGGAUGAUGUGGCACCCCGAGGUGGCCACUCAGUUGGUGCUGGCCUCGGAGGACGACCGCCUCCCCGUCAUCCAGAUGUGGGACCUGCGUUUUGCCACGUCGCCUCUCAAAGUGUUUGAGAAUCACACGCGGGGAAUUCUGUCCAUCUCCUGGAGCCAGGCUGACUCCGAGCUCCUGCUCAGUAGUGCUAAGGACAAUCGCAUCCUCUGCUGGAAUCCAAACACUGCAGAGGUUAUCUACGAGCUUCCCACAACCAACCAGUGGUGUUUCGAUGUCCAAUGGUGUCCCAGGAAUCCCGCUCUGCUCUCGGCAGCCUCGUUUGACGGCAAAAUCACCGUCUACUCUGUAAUGGGAGGGAGCUUGAAGGCGCAGCAGCAAAACGCCGCAGAUAAGAUCUCUUCAUCCUUUGAUACGAUGGAUCCCUUUGGAACAGGCCAGGUGCUUCCUCCCCUGCAGGUUCCUCAGCCUACGGUGCAGGACACCAUCGUCCCCCCUCUAAAGAAGCCCCCCAAGUGGGUGCGCAGGCCGGUGGGGGCCACCUUUGCUUUUGGCGGUAAGCUGAUAACGUUUGAGAAUCCCAAGGCACCCGCGGUGCAAAGCCCCCAGCCCGUCCCCAGACAGGUGUUUGUUAGCCAGGUUACCACGGAAACAGAGUUCCUGCAGCGCUCCAGGGAGCUCCAGGUAGCUCUGCAGUCAGGCUCCUUCAACAGCUACUGCCAGGCCAAGAUCCACGGUGCGAAGUCGGAGGCCGAGCAGGACAUAUGGAAGUUCCUCCUGGUGAAUUUCGAAGAUGAAGCUCGCGUUAAAUUCCUCAGACUUUUGGGUUUCAGUAAGGAGGAACUGGAAAAAAAGAUUUCCAAAUGCUUGGGGAAGAAUUUUCAACCCAAUGGACACGCCGUGGAUGCGGAGGACUUGGCUAAAAAGAUGUUGCAGCUGUCCUCUGAGAGAUCUGAAGAAGCAGAUGCAGUUGCUGAUGACAGGACGUCAGGCUGUGCUUCACCCGCAGACUUUUUCAGCCAGAACCCAAAAGCAAAUUUCCAAAUCCCAAUUUCCUGUGACACCAACGGUUUGAUAAGCCAAGCGCUGCUUGUCGGCAACUUUGAGGGAGCCGUGGAUUUGUGUCUGAGCGACGGCCGCUACGCCGAAGCCAUCCUUUUGUCCAUCAGCGGCGGAGAGGAGCUGCUCAAGAAGACGCAGCAGAAAUACCUGAGCAAGCAAAAAAACAGUGUCUCCAUGCUGAUAUCGUCAGUGGUGACCCAGAACUGGAAAGACAUUGUGCAAAGCUGCGAGCUGGACAACUGGAAGGAGGCUCUCGCCGCGCUCCUCACCUACGCUCACCCGGAAGAAUUUGCACAUCUGUGCGAUACUCUAGGAGGCCGUUUGGAGCGAGAGGGGACCGAGAAACACUGCCUGCAGGCCUGUCUGUGCUACAUCUGCUCUGGAAACCUUGAAAGGCUGGUGGAGUGCUGGGCCUUGCACAGGGACUGCUCCUCUCCUCUCGGUUUAGAGGACCUAGUGGAAAAAGUCAUGAUGUUGCGUAAGUCCAUCGAGCGCCUUCGCAACAGCGAGGUGGGGGUCCAGAGCCCCUUCCUGGCCGAGAAGCUGACUUGCUACGCCGGCAUCUUGGCAGCAGAGGGCAGCCUGGCCACGGCCAUGGCCUACCUGCCUGAGAACUCUGAUCAAGCUGGGAUCACCAUGCUGCGAAACAGACUGUUCCACGCUCAGGGAGAGGCUGCAGGCAAACCGCAGCCUCCAAACACAACCAAGCUCAACGCUGCUUCUCAUGCGCCUGCACAGAAAGCACAAAUGAUGAAUCAGUAUCAGCCCCUCCCUCCUCAUCAUCAUCCGCAGCAGCAGCCUCCCGUGCCGGCAUCAGCGGUGUUCAAACCUCAAGUUCCUCCAAGCAGCUCCGGGCCGGGCCUUCCACCCUUUUCUCACGUGCUGCCUCCAAGUGCCAGCCGCCCAGCCAUGAGCCCCCCAUACCUCCAACACCUGUCUCAAGUCCCAGGUUAUGUUCCUCAUCAACAAUUCCAGCCUCCACCCAUGGGCGGGCCCUCAAUUUUCCCUCCUCCUGGCCCCUGUAUGCCAGCUGCCAACUUAUCAGGACCUCCGUUACGGCCUUCGUCCUCGGCUCCAGGGGGGCUGCCCCCUAUGCCCAGCCCGGGGGUUCCUCCAACAAGCUUCAUGCCUUCUACCUCCUUGCCACCAGGCCCCAUGCCAUCCAGCUCCCAACCCGGAGCCCCGGUCCCCAUGUACCCCGGGGCUCUUCAAAACCAGGGGCCGAUGCCCCACAUGGCAACCGGUCCCUACGCCCCUCUUGGAUCAUGUUACCCACAAGGGGGGCCCGGAGCUCCUGCUGCAAAGCCUUUUGCGGGCUCUGCUGUGGCUCCUCCUCCUGCGGGCUUCUUUCCUUGGCUGAAUUCUCAGUUUGACGACCAAGCAGCCCAAGACGGCUGGAAUGACCCCCCAGCGGUACGAGGGGGACCCAGGAAGAAGAAGCAGAUUCCUGACAAUUACACCCCACCCGCCCCCAUCACCGCCCCUGUCAUGGGAUUCCCAGUGGAGGCCCCUCAACCACACAACCACGCCCAGGUGCCCCCCGGAGCCCCUCAGGAACCCAGCGUGCAGCUCCUUCAGCAGCUGCCAGCAGAGAGGGUGGAGCAAAAGGAGAUCCCCGCCGAACACAUGGUGCUCAAAUCGACUUUCGACAGCCUGGUGCAACGGUGCCAGCUCGCAGCAGGGGACCCGCAAACCAAAAGGAAGCUCGAUGAUGCUGCCAAGCGUUUGGGAUGCCUGUACGACAAGCUGAGGGAGCACUCGCUCUCCCACAACAUCCUGAACGGCCUACACGAGAUCGGCCGCUGCGUGGCGAGCCACAACUACCAGCGCGGCCUGGAGGUGCACACCCAGGUGGUGAGCAGCAGCAACUUCAGCGAGAUCUCCGCCUUCAUGCCCAUCCUCAAAGUGGUCAUGACCAUCGCCAACAAGCUGGGCGUAUAACUUUUUUGUAUUGAUCUCCUUUCCCUUCAUCCAUUUUUCUAAGAGAGGAGUCAUGUUGACGGUCAGAUGAAUGUACUCUGAACGUCGCUGCGAUGUGAUGUACAAAACAUGUGUGUGUGUGCGCUUCAACCGGUCGGUGCGUUUUAGUGGUGCCCAUCAUUGGAUGUUGACGCUUUUAUAAUCGGGUGAGUCACGGCCUGUAACCGACGCGAGAGAUGCAGUGAAUCAUUUCAUGAUAAAAAUACUGACUGACUGCUCACCUGCUGUCAUCAUGUUCAGUCAACCGUGCCAUCAUGGAGUCCUGCUUGUCUCCUCCCGCCCCCCUCGCCAUUUCCCACUAGUGGCUCGUACGAAUGAUUGCAUGAUUACUCUUUUGGUGCAAACAUUCAUUCGACGUCUUUAUCUUUUUAAACCAUCCUUACAGUAGCCCCCCACCUCCAUAAAACAUCAAAUUGUAUAUUUUGUUGCAGGCGAGUUUGGCAUAUCAAGGCAGUAAAGUGCCUCCGUGUGUGCUCUUCUUUCUUUUUUGGUUGCACAAAUGUUUAUAUAAUACAAUCCAUGUUGCUUAUUUAACUUUUUUUUUUUUUUUCAAAUAAAAUGUACC